UUGUAAUUUUGAUAUAAUUUGCUCUAAAUCAGAAAUUAAAAGCCGCAAUCUCGGUCUAUUUCAUUAUAAUAUUAAGAAAGAGUGUUGUGAUAAUAAAUACGUUGUCAAGAUGAGUGAGUUGCGAAGAUAUUUGUUUCGUAUCUCAGUGAACUCUCAGCGAGCUUUAAGGAACCGUUUGCGAAGCAAAAGAAAAUUGUUGCGAGAAUCCACGGAUCCCUUCUGUAUUUCAGAGGAACGGUUCACUGAAAUUUUUCGACUUCCAAAAGAAAUAUGUAGAAAUGUUUUUAAUGAAAUCCGCCCCUUUAUGUUGCAAAGGAUAUCAAGUUGUGGAUUGUCGAAAGUUUUAAGGUUCCUUGUAGCAUUGCGAUUUUUCGCUCAAGGAAGCUAUCAACGUUCGGUGGGACAAGACUUCUUACUUAAUGUAUCCCAAAGCAGCGCCAGUUGCGUUACUGAACAUAGAUGAAUCUAUAAAUGGCGAGGCUGAAACAAUGCGCUUUGGUGCUACUACCUUCGGCGAUCCUGCAUCAUCUAGCCCACUUGAUUGUAUAAACUUGGAGCCUGAAGAAUAUCCAAGUAAUGAUGCAGAGAAUCAGCCACCGAAUGCUAUCCCCACUACACCACCGAUUGUUAUUGCACCCCCGAAUCGCGCACGCUCACUACCUCUCGGCAAAGACAAUUUGCUAAAACUGCAAGUGGAAAACCAAUGCCAAUAUCACGAAAAUUCGAUGAAAAAGCUGGACGAAGUAUGUGAUAAUUUAAAUGGUUUAA